AUGAACGCGACCGACGGGUCGCCGACGACGCCCAACUGCACGUCGUCCGACGAUGCCGACGUCGGCGGCCGCAGCACGAUCGGCGCAUGCGCACCGAGCGUCGUGUUUGGCGACGCAGAACAGAUUGUCGCUGAGGCUUACCUGACGGUCGUGCUUGCAGCGAGCGUGCUCUGUAAUAUCGUCGUCGUCUGGGCGAUCAACACCACGCUUAAGAAACGCCGCCUCUUCCGUCCGAAUCUCUUCAUCAUCGGACACGUCGCCGUCACCGAUCUGGCGACGGCCGUCAUCUGUCUGCCGCUCGUGCAGGCGGCAACGGCCGUCGGUCGCUGGCCGUUUAGUGCGUCGGCGUGUGCGGCGUCGGCAGCGCUCAACACGCUCCUGGUGACGGCAUCCGUGUUAUGCAUCCUCGCUGUCAGCGUCAAGCGCUAUUUCUUGAUCGUGCGUCCGCACCAGUACAAACCGCUCGUGACGAAACGACGUUGCGUCAUCGCCGUCGUCGAGAUGUGGUCGGUGUCGGUGGCGCUCGCGAUCGUGCAGGUCGUCGUGCUCGACAACUGGGCGUUCUAUCCGGGAUGCGCGAUGUGCUUCAUGGACUGGCAGACGCGAGCAGCUCCGAAGCUCGCCUUCAACAUUGCUCAUUUUGUGCUGUGCCUGCUGCUACCGCUCGGGCUGCUGCUCAUAGCUGAUAUUCUCGUCGUGCGGCCACUCGUCGCCACCACACGAACUCGCUGCGCUUGCCGGCGGUCUACAGCACCGACGGCCAAGCGGCCGACAACCGCCGCGUCAUCCGCAACAAUCUCAACGUUCCGAAGAGGGAUUCGCCGACGAUAG